AUGAGGCAAGAGUGGCGGGUGAAACAGACACUGAGACCCACAGUUCAGCAUUUUAAAUGCAUUGAGGCUGCUGAGCUACAAAGGUGCAUCGAAGGAGAAAGAUGUAACAGCCUUACUUUGGAGGAAGUGUUACAGUGGGCCCAAUCUUUUGAAAAUUUGAUGACUACAAAAUAUGGUCCUGUAGUCUAUGCAGCAUAUUUAAAAAUGGAGCACAGUGAUGAGAAUAUCAAAUUCUGGAUGGCAUGUGAAACCUAUAAGAAAACUGCCUCACGGUGGAGCAGAAUUUCUAGGGCAAAGAAGCUCUAUAAGAUCUACAUCCAGCCACAGUCCCCUAGAGAGAUUAACAUUGACAGUUCUACAAGAGAAACUAUCAUCAAGAACAUUCAAGAACCCACUCAAACAUGUUUUGAAGAGGCUCAAAAAACAGUGUACAUGCACAUGGAAAUGGAUUCCUAUCCCAGAUUUCUGAAGUCAGAAAUGUACCAGAAACUUUUGAAAACUAUUCAGUCCAACAACUCCUGA